ACGCCGCGUUGAUUGGCGGCAGUUCAGCUGUGCUCGACUCGCUUCUUAGCAAUACUCUGCCUGCCUCGGUGACUGUGAAAGAUCCAUGUUUGGAGGUUCUGGCGCUGGUUAGAGUGCUGUCAGUGCUUAAUAGACACUACCACAGCCUCUAUCCCCCUGCGCCUACCAAACUGCCUCUGCCCAUGACGGACUUCCAGAACGUCAAGCUGACCGCUAAAGCGAACCGGCAACUGCAAGAUCCACUUGUUAUUAUGACUGGAAAUCUGCCCCCGUGGUUACCGCAGAUAGCAUACGCCUGCCCAUUCCUCUUCCCCUUCGAGACCCGUCAGCUGUUGUUCUACGCGGUGUCGUUUGACAGAGAUCGCGCUAUACAGCGCCUGCAGGAAACCAAUCCUGAACUUAAUCACGGUGACUCGACAGAACGUGUCACUCCUCGUCUCGAUCGUAAAAAGAAAACUGUUAGCCGAGAAGACAUCCUCAAGCAGGCGGAAAGCGUCAUCAACGAUCUUGUGCCAUCCAAAGCUUUGUUGGAAAUCCAAUACAGUGGCGAAGUUGGUUCGGGUUUGGGCCCAACUCUUGAAUUCUAUGCCAUCGUUUCCAGGGAAAUGAAGAAGGCGGAACUAGAAUUGUGGAGAGGACAGUCUGUUGCUGUUGAGGAAGAAACUGUUGAGGGAUCUUCAAAAACUGUUAAAUAUGUCCAUGCUACAACUGGUCUUUACCCAACGCCUCUGCCCAAGACGAUGAAGUCUGCUGCCAUGAACAAAAUUAAACAAAAGUUCAAAUUCCUAGGCAAAUUCAUGGCAAAAGCCGUCAUGGAUUCGAGAAUGGUCGACUUGUCUUUGCACGAGUGUAUGCUCAAGUGGAUGCUGGGAGAGGAGCGUUCGCUUGGCCUAGCAGAUGUGCUCUCGUUGGACCCAGAGUUCGGCGUUACGUUGAGACAACUGCACGCUUUAGUGUUGCAGAAGAGGCGCGUUCAAGACCAAGCCAGAGUUCAAGGUUACUCCACGCAGCAGCUCGAGAACGAUGUUAGAAACAUAACUCUGGACGGCUGCAGCGUGGAAGAUCUGUCUUUGAACUUCACACUCCCAGGCUACCCAAAUAUUGAGCUCAAGAAAGGAGGCGCUGACAUAUGCGUCACCAUCGAUAAUCUCGACCAAUAUCUCCAGUUGGUUGUUGAGUGGCUGUUGCGGGAAGGAGUCUGGCGUCAAAUGGAAGCCUUCAAGGAAGGUUUCGACAGCGUGUUUCCUAUGAGCCAGUUACAGGUGUUCUACCCGGAAGAGUUGGAGCAAGUGUUCUGUGGCAGUAAUGCUCCGUCACACUGGGACAUCAAAGUGCUGGCCGAGUGCUGCAAGCCCGACCACGGCUACACUCAUGAUUCUCGGGCCGUCAAGUACCUCUUGCAGAUUUUGUCCGAAUAUUCGGCUAAGGACCAGCGGAAUUUCUUGCAGUUUACCACUGGGUCUCCCAGAUUACCUGUUGGAGGAUUCCGAAGUCUCACGCCGCCUCUAACAAUCGUUCGUAAGACGUUCGAAGCCAAUGAGAGCCCUGAUGAUUUCCUGCCAUCAGUGAUGACCUGUGUCAACUACCUCAAGUUACCCGACUAUUCUACUUAUAAAAUUAUGAAAGAUAAACUCGACUUUGCCAUCAGUGAAGGGCAGCACAGCUUCCACCUAUCUUAAAGGCAUUUUUUAUUACCAGGCAUGUGUGUUCAACUGCUAUCUAAUGUGUUAAAACUUCUUAUGGUUUGGCUUUGUCUUGUGUUAUUAGGCGAACCUAUAUUAAUGCAGAGGUUGAAAGAUGAGUUGUGUGCAAUGAAAAUAUUGUAAAAUGUUGACAUAGGAUGUUCUAAAUGACCGUGACAUGUUUUGAAUGUAAGUAGUUAGUAUUACUUCCACUGAUCAAUUCACAAGGGGUUUCUGCUUCAAUGUUAUCAUCGGAGGAGAAAUUGCCUUUAAGGAUUCAGUGUUGCAGGCACUAUCGGUAGUGAACAUUAAUCAGCAGCCAUCACUAGCAUGUGUCGUCACUGUGGCAAGUCAAUGCCCCAUGUUUCCGGGUGCAGAAAUUUAUACGAAAACGAGAGAAAUGGGUAUUGUUUUGGUCUCAGCAGCAUUACAUCGUCGAUUGAGUUCAGAUGUUCCAAGUAGUAUUAAUUUUUGUAAUUUACGAUAUAGUAUUUGUUUUACUUGUGUACGGUUGGUUUCCACCUAGAAAGGAUCUAAUUAACUCAACAAAAGGUCGAUCAAACCAUUGCUUUUCGUCCUACUUCAUGAAACUGGCAUUUAAGUUAAGACAAAAAUCUCAGUGACUUCAGUUUUUGCAUCUCGUAAUAUUAGUGUGAUUGUGGCAGGCUUCGUUAAGUCAUCGUUACUUCUACCUAGUAAACUUUUGUGAAUAUUUAAUCAUGAUAGAAGCAGUCACGCGUUGUACGCUGGAUCUGCAAUGUACAGUUCUUCAUGCAUUGUAGUGCUGUCGUAGACUUUUUUCUUCGCUUCUAAGUUGUGUAAAUGCUGUAAAUAAACUAGCAUUAAAGUGUCUUUCAGUGCACCAGGAUAUUGGUUUACUGCCACGCACUUUACUCCACAGAGUUUAAUGGGCGAGAAACUUUCUCGGUUAGCGAACUUCUUCUGCCUUAUUCUCCAUUGCCAGGCUCAUGGUCUAUCGCUUAUGCGCUCGACUCGUGAACGAUUUUUUCCGUCAUUGCUGAAUUCAUAUUCAUUCUGUUCACAAAGACCAGCAGCAAUUGAUUCUAUGCGUGGGUGCCUAAAAUGGGAGUUGAUUAUAAAUAUAAAUGAAGUCAAAAUUUCUGACACGAAAGGAAAAGAAAGUAUUCAUUGUUUAUUUAUCAUGGCAUAGCUAUUGUUUAAAACUAUUGUGAUAUUUCAUGUUGCUUCUCAUUGUUCGUCGUUCUUAAAAACAUUUUUUUUGACAGAAAAUUUGUGAUUGCUAAUUAUCAUUGUCGGACGCGCUUCCUACAGGAUUUGACAGCAACUCAAAGUAUUGCAAUGAAAUUAAAAGCUACCUUCACUUGAGCUUUCUUAGCUUCAUCUUAUAUGAAUUGUUUGAACGACUUCACUAUUAUUUUAAAGUAUCGGCUAAUAACAAUUUUUAAGCUCGGAUCAUUUUUUCAUCGUACUUCACCGUGACUUCGUUUUCAAAAUGAAUUUUUCAAUUCAUUGUACGGCUUGUUUCAGAAUCUCGUUUGCAUCGUCUUUUUUUUCUCGUUUCUAAUGCAGUUCCCUAUAAUCCGACGGUUGACUUCCGUUGCAGUAAAGAUUGUGCAUUGUAGCUUUCCGAUAUUUUAGUGUUUGUGGAAAUAUAUUUUACUAUCAUCUGCAGGCGGUUCAGCCUGGAGUGGGUGGAAGCCUUGGCUAAACGGUUAUCCACUACUUUUGCUGUCUAGCAAACAAUGAAGUUCAGUGAAAAUGGCCAAUACUUGUAGCACUGUUGGCGUGUUCUUUCUCUUGAACUGAGUUAGCCGCACGAGUGAGUGCACUGAGGAGUAAUGCGAUAGUUUCUAUUUUUCAUUUUAUUAUAGUAUUUGGUAGGAUAACUUGAACAGGUUGAGGGAUUCUUGUUCACGGCAAGUUUUCUACUGUCUGGUCUGAAUUACGCAGUUUGAAUUGAAUUAGUAUGGUUUUCCGGCUUCAUUUCUGCGGAUUGAUUUUCAACGUUUUCCGUUAUUAUUUUCGUAAGUUUGCAAACGACUUCCCUCGCUGGCUCGAUGCGUGCUAUGCGUUCAGAGCUUGAACGCUAAAAACAAUAUGGCUCCAGCUCUAGUGUGUAAUGCACUUGAAGAAAGAUCGUUCCAUUUCUUCAUUUGAAUUUCGCAUUUUUGCUUAUUUUGUAGAAUUUAUUUGAACUAAGUUAUCGCGUGUUAUGACUUUAACCCUGCUGUUGUAUACUCGGGUAAACAGCUCAUAUCUAUUAGUGCAUAUAAUUGAUGACAGCAGACGUGUCCCUUUGCAUCUGUACCUUAUGAUAAUGUAAAGGUGUGAGUAGCUUUUCUAGUUGUCUUCACCUUUACUUCUUGGUUACAUUCGCUUGCAUUAUCACCAUGUAUUGGUCAUCAAGUGCAACAUGUUUUCGUUCAUUUCAGAAAGUUAUUUCGCCAGAGUUUUAGAUUCCUUUGCCGUCUGGAAAGCCUGAUCUUAGGCCAUUCAUUUGAAUACGUUUUUGCUUUGCUGUUUGGCUGGAAGCGUUUACUCUUGCCAUUUUACUGUGUUGGAAUAAAAUUCAUUUUAUUGUGUAUGCGAAUAGCUUCUGUUUGUAUCUUUGGCAUUACAUAAAUAUACAGGAAAACUCUAA